AUGGUUCCCUACAAUCAGUUGACGGAAGAAAAGACUUGGGCCUGGUUUAUAGGCAUUUCUGUACAAUAUGCAGACACCACCCAAAAGUGCACAUUUGCAGUAUUAAAGCCCUUUUCUGGGACAUCCCUGAAGGACAGUGGUGAAGGAAUAUCUUCCCCGUGGGCACAACUUUGGGCAGUGCACCUGGCUGUUCACUUUGCUUGGAAGGAGAAAUGGCCAGCUAUGGGAUUAUAUACCAAUUCAUGGGCUCUGGCCAGCAGUUUGGCUGAAUGGUCAGGAACUUAAAAACGUAUGGAAAAUUGUUCACAAGGAAAUUUGGGAAAAGGUAUGUAAACAGACCUCUCCAAAUGGGCAAAAAAAAACAUGAAGAUAAUCAUGCCUCAUGCUCAUCAAAGGGUGACCUCAGCAGAGUAGGAUUUUAAUAAUGAAGUGGACAGGAUGACUUGUUCUGUGGAUACCAGUCAGCCUCUUUCUCCAACUAUCCUCAUUGCCCAAGGGGCUCAUGAACAAAGAGGCCAUCGUGGCAGGGAUGGAGAUUAUGCAUAGGCUCAGCACCAUGGACUUCCACUUACAAAGGCUGCUGCUAUGGCCACUGUUGAGUGCCCAAUGUGCCAGCAGCAGAGACUUACACUGAUUCAAUAUAGCACCAUUCCCUGAGGUUAUCAGCCAGCUACCUGGUGGCUUCCAUUAUGGAAGGGACAUUGUUUUGUUCCUACUGGAACAGACAUUUGCUCUAGAUAUGGAUUUGCCUUCCCUGCAUGCAAUACUUCUGAUAAAACUACAAUCCAUGGAUUUACUGAAUGCCUUAUCCACCAGCAUGGUAUUACAUGUAGCAUUGCUUGUGAUCGAGGAACUCACUUCACAGCAAAAGAAGUGUGGCUAGAGGCCCAUGCUCAUGGAAUUCACUGGUCUUACCACGUUCUCCACCAUCCUAUGGCAGCUGACUUGACAGAAUGGUGCAAUGGCCUUUUGAAGACAGAGUACCAACAAGGUGGCAAUACACUGCAGGUAGGGAAUAUUCUCCAGAAGACUGUAUAUGCGCUGAAUCAGCAUCGAAUAUACAGUGCUGUUUCUCCCAUAUUUAGGAUUCAAGGGUCCAGGAUUCAACGGGUGGGCAUGGAAGUGGCACCACUGACUAUUAACCCUAGUGACCCACUAGCAAAAUCUUCCUAUUUCCCGCUCUUAUGCCCUACUGGCCAAGAGGUCUUAGUUCCAAAAACAGAAAUGCUUUCACCAGGAGACACAACAAUUUCACUGAAGUUAAAGUUGCCUUCCAGCCACUGUGGACUCCUCAUGCUUUUGGAACAACAGACAAAGGAUGGAGUGACUGUGCUGGCUGAGGUGACUGAAUCUGACUACCGAGGGGAAACUGGACUGCUACUCCACAGUGGAGGUGAGGAAGAGUAGGAGUAUAUCUGAAAUACAAAAGAUCCCUUAGUAUGUCUCUUAGUCUUAAAUCUACCAUGCCCUAUGAUUAAGAUCAAUGGAAAACUGUAA